AUGAGUUUAAACAAAAUUAAAUACGAUGAGCUGGAGGAACUAAGGAGGAAAAAUGAUGUCCUGAUGAACUUGCUAAAUAAGUUAAUCGCGUCGGAUAAGAAAAGGGUAUUUCUCUAUCCCGUCAAUGUGCAGUUUGUUCCAGAUUAUUUGAACAUAAUAAAAGAACCAAUGGAUUUUACCACCAUGAAACAGAAAAUCCAAAAUUAUAAAUAUAGAGACUUUCAAGAAUUUGAAAAGGACUUCUUCUUAAUUAUCAAUAACUGUUACACAUACAACGACAAAAGUACCAUCUACCACAAAAUCGCAGAAAAUGUAGAAAAUUACUAUAAAAAGAUUACCCCAAAAAUAUAUAGGAAAUAUCUAAAUAUACAUCUGCUAUAUCACAGUGAGGAUAAGGAUAUGUUAAAUAAUACCCUAUAUGACCCAAACUUAAUUGAAGCCAAAAAAACACCCGUUAAGGAAAUUAAAAAAAAUCUAAGGCCAAAAAAACAAGGAAAGGUAGGUAGACCAAGCAAAGGAAGCAUAACUCUUAAAAACGAACACGAUGAUACGAGUCAACCCGCCAAUGUUAAUAAAAAAAAAAAAAAAGGUAACAAUAAAAAUUUAGCAAAGACAAAUCUGCACAUGCAAGGCAACAACCAUUUUUUUGACAACGCCUAUGGAUCAUUUAACGGUAUGAUCCCAAAUGACAUGUAUGGAUAUAAUAAUGAUGCAUAUGCAAGUUUAGAGAAUAUGCUGGAGCAGGAAAACUUCUCCACAAUCUUAGAUACCAUUCAAAAUAGUAAUGAUAAAUCGAAGGAUAUUUUUGGCAUGUUGAUUAAAGUACUGUCAGAUAAUAAGGGCAGCUAUGCCCCCCUAUGUAACUAUGUAAAUAUGAGCAAAUCGUUACGGAAAGUAUUUUUUGGAGUUCCCGCUUCAUCAAAAAAGAAAAAGAAAAUAUAUUCCCCAACGUGCAGUAGUGAAAAUUACUCACAGCUAUCCCCAAACAGCGGAAAAAGAAACAUAACCGACAUGGUGAACAUAAGCGAUGUUAAUGAUAGUGCAAACGUAAAAAAUAAAAAGAGGAAGCACUCAAAUGAAGAGGAGCAGGAUAAUUACACGGGACACUAUUCGCACAGCAGUGCUCAAAACGAGACCGAUGCUAAGACUGACACAAGCAUUGAUAGAGAAGCAAGCUGUGCGGAUUGCGAGUCGCCCCCCUGUCAGCUCGACAGUAACGAUAAUAACAACGCAGACGAAUUAAACAAUGAUAGUGUAGAAGCGGCCGAAUGCCAGGAUAAUCCCCUCGCGGACACAUUAAAUAACCACUCUGCAGAGGAAGUAAAACCCCCAGAUAAGAAAAACACAGAAGAAAACGAUUUCGUAACAUACAACAUUGAAAAAAAAGAAUUAACCAUGAAACUACUAAACUACAAAGAAAGUGUAAAAAAAUUUAUCGGAGAAUCAAAUCUUCCUACAUUCAUUAAUAUAUUCCCAAACAUUUACAACAUUCUAGAUAAUGCUGAUUCAAAAAAUUUAUACUAUGCUGCCUUCAAUGACUUGAGAGUUUUCGGCUUGGAUGUAGCAGAUUUUAAAGAAUUUAACCAAAAAAUCUCCUACAAUAAAAAUUACCUCAUGGGAGUUGGUAGAUAUCAUAUAAAAAAUGUCCUAACUUUGGACAAAAAUCUGUCAAACAUAAUGCUUAGCGAUGGGAGUAAAUCUCAUUUGUGUGAACAGAUAAAAUCGUACCUGUCAAAUGGGAAAAAUAAAGCCCAGAAUAGCAGUGCCUCACGGCACCACAGUGAAAGUGAGAAGACCAAACAGUCAGCUACAAACACAGAGAAGUCCGUCCGAACAAGUGAAAAUGAAGCAGAAGAUACUUCACAACUCGGAAUGGGAAGUGCGUCAGAAAAUCCCGUUAUGCAAAACGUUGAACAUGCUAGCAGUUCUAACGUGUACAGUAAAAAUGAGGAUCAUUCUUCCCAAAUGCAGAAUAAAUCACCUACAGGUAGUACCUUUGGGAACAGGCAAAAUACGAAUAGCCCCCUUGACAACUCUCAUUUCAUGUACAGUGACACACAUUUUAAGGACAAUCCGAACUAUAACAGUGACCAAUUUUCGAGCGAUUCAUCUGACAUUGACAAUUUAGAUAUGAGGAACUUUUUAGACACGUAUAAUUCAUAUAGCAAGAGAUUUGUAAGGAGGCAACAAAUUUACAGAAUUUUGAAAAAUAGAAUUAAAAAGUUGUUUAAAAGAAAUGCCAUGCAGAAGGCCAUGUCGUAA